GCCGGUGGCGAGGGAGGAGCGGAGGAGGAGGAGGAGGCCGGACGGAGGCCCAGGACAGUCCUCCUCCUCUCCGUCCCUGGCCUCCUGGCCCCUGCAGCUGCCCCGAGGAGGCGAAGGGCGGCCUGGCCCUCUGCUCCGCAGCUGCUGCUUCUGGGCCAUGAUCCCCUCGAAGAGGGCCUCCCCCCGAAGGCCUCCCCGGGGGCCCACCUCUGCCCUUCUUCGGGGGAAGCGGAGGAGGGCCGGCUAGCCAGGGCCAGGGCCCCCUUCCCUCCCUCCGGCCCCCAAAGCCCGGCUCCCUCGGGACCAAGAAGGGAAACUCCGAGAAGAAGGAGGAAGGGGAGAAGUUUCGGGAGGAAGAGGGGGAGCCUUCCUUCUGGGAGGGAGGCCUCCUGGUCAGCCGCAGCCGGGAAAGCCUGCCCUGGACCGGGACCCCCUCCGGCUGCUGAGCCCUUCCCCAGAUUCCUUCCUCCCGGAUCCCUUCCCCUCCUCCUCCUCCUCCUCCUUUCGCUGGGCAUCCCUCCUCUUCCCCUUCCUCCUUCUCUCUCUCUCUCUGCUGGGCCUUCCCUCCUUCCUCCUGCCGGCCCCCUUCCCCCGCGAUGGCCAUGGUCUCCGGGGGCUGGGGGCACCCCAACGGCCAGCAGCAGCAGCAGGAGCCGCAGGGCGAGCAGGAGGCGCCUUCCCCGGCGGGCUCCCUGGGGAAGAGGGGCCGCUUCCCGCCGCGGCUGCCGGAGGAAGACUCGGCCUCUCCGCCGGGCGACGCCGGGCCCGAAGAGGAGGAGGACGAGGACGAGGAGGACGGCGGAGGCGGCGGAGGAGGCGGCAAGGGCGUCCCGGGCUGCGGCGGGGCGUCGGGGGCCUCCCUGCAGGUGGACUGCGGCGUCUGCGGAGACAAGUCCAGCGGGAAGCACUACGGCGUCUUCACCUGCGAGGGCUGCAAGAGCUUCUUCAAGAGGAGCAUCCGCAGGAACCUCAGCUACACCUGCAGAGAGGAGCAUCAAGCAGGCCGCAAAGCUCCAGAAAGUUUGGACAACAAGUCCCAUAAAGCACCCCCAGGUCAGCAAGGCUGGUCAAAUCGAGACUGUCAGAUUGACCAGCACCAUCGCAAUCAAUGCCAAUAUUGCCGCCUGAAGAAGUGUUUCCGUGUCGGAAUGAGGAAAGAAGAGUCCACCUUGUUCCCCCACAUAGAUGGCAGGAAGGUAUUGCAGGCAGAUGAGCCUAUGAGGGUGAUGGCACCCUCUCUCACCUCUCCACCAAACCGUACCUGUGACCAUGGUGGGACGGAGAGAAGGGUCUUUCGAGCCCAAGACCUCAUACAGGGAGCCAUUUUGAGAGGGACCACAGAGGAAAAUGGAGCUGUCCAGAGAGGCCGGAUCCCUCCUGCCCACUCGAGCGCCAGCCCCAACGCCAUGCCCAGCGGGGAGUACUACAAUGGGCAGCCUGUCUCGGAACUGAUUUCCCAGCUGCUGCGGGCAGAGCCCUACCCAACGGCCCGCUUCAGCUCCCAGUAUGCCCAGCAGGGCAGUGUGAUGGGCAUUGAUAACAUCUGUGAGCUGGCCGCCCGGCUCCUUUUCAGCACGGUGGAGUGGGCCCGCAACAUCCCCUUCUUCCCAGAACUGCCCGUCUCGGACCAGGUGGCCCUCCUGCGUCUCAGCUGGAGUGAACUCUUUGUCCUCAAUGCCGCCCAGUCUGCGCUCCCUCUCCACAUGGCCCCGCUUUUGGCGGCCGCCGGGUUCCACGCUGCCCCCAUGUCCGCCGACCGCGUUGUCUCCUUCAUGGACCAGAUCCGCAUCUUCCAGGACCAGGUGGAGAAGCUCAACCGGUUGCAGGUGGACACGGCGGAAUACAGCUGUCUCAAAGCCAUUGCGCUCUUCACCCCAGAUGCCUGUGGCCUCUCAGAUCCGGCCCAUGUGGAGAACCUGCAGGAGAAGGCGCAAGUGGCACUGACGGAGUACGUCCGCGCACAGUACCCUUCCCAGCCGCAGCGUUUCGGCAGACUUUUGCUCCGCCUCCCGGCUCUCCGGGCCGUCCCUGCCUCCCUCAUUUCGCAGCUCUUCUUCAUGAGACUGGUGGGCAAGACCCCCAUUGAGACCCUCAUCCGGGACAUGCUCCUCUCUGGCAGCAGCUUCAACUGGCCUUAUGGGACCGGACAGUGAGGAGACCCCCUUCUUUCCAGAGCCUGCCUCAGACGCGUCCACUGCUCUCCAGGCCAGGUUUUUCUGCACCACCAUCGGUGUGGCCAUUGC